AUGACUGCCCCCAACAAUGCUCUGAGCAACACUCUGAGCAACACUCUGUGUCUUUUCAGACUCCUUCCAACCUCUGGCGUCGAUCUGACCUCAAUUCUCGCGUGGAACAGAGAGUUCGAGUUCACCCCAUGCGAGCAGCCAGGAUGGGCAGGCGCCUUGCAUCCAAACGACCUCCGUGGUCCAUUCUACGCGCUACGGUUCAGCGAGAAGCCCAAGAAAGAAGGGAAUUGGGUGUUUGGCUCACUCGAUAGUUCAGGUGGAAAGGUCUUGGGCGGAAAAGGCCAGUCGCGCUGCGACUUUCAGCUCAGUCACAGCAAUGUAGAAAGCAAAAUCAGCAGGACGCACUUCAGUAUCGAGCUUGCCCCGCGGAUACGACGCGGUUCUCCUGUCAUCCCGAGGUUGAGGUGCUUGAAGGGCUCGGUCGUCGUGUACCUCGAUGACCCGAACAACCCUGUGCUCCUCGAUCCUGGUAGCGAGCUGCUUCUCGUCAAACCAGCCCUCAUUAUAUGCGCGGCCGUGCGGCUCCAAGUGUGGCAUCCAGCCUUGACGGGUGAAGAACUGGUUGAGCAUAGGAUGACGGCGCACGAGUUUGAGAAGGCCAUUGCUGCCGAGCUUCCGGGCUACUUUCCCAGUAUCCGGAGCGGAGUUGACACCAGGCAUGGCUGCACCCGCAUCGGACUGCAGAGCAACAGGUUUUUCGUGUGCUUCGAGGAGCAGCCUCCUCGUAGCACAUCCAUCAUUCCCUCUUGUGUGGUCUGGAAUGGGCCCUUGAAACUGUCCGCCACGCUGCUGCCGAUUGAGCUGGGGGAGGCCCCGGGCAGCCUGAGGAUCAAGGAGGAGGCAUUGAUGAAGUCGUUGAAGAACGGAGGAUCCAUUCGCCAUACCAACAUACUCACCAUCCAUGAUAUCGGCGUAUACCGAGGGAUCGGCUACGAAGAUACUGUCACAGAGCGGCCAUGGAUCAUCACGGAACAUAUCGAAUGCGCAACCACCCUUGAAGACUUGAUCCGAUCGAGGCUCGCGUUUGACCGCAACGACGUGAUCGCGCAGCUGGCUAGCGGACUGGCCUACCUCUGCUCCGAACAGUUUGUAUACACAGCCUUGACUCCCGAGAAUAUCGUCAUUGUUGAAAUGGAAGGAGGCAAGUUUGUGCCCAAGAUUGCCAAGCUGGAACAGUUGGAGAAUCUUGGAGGACGGCACUACUUGGAAGACCGCAUCAUCAACCCGACUAUCUACACCGCUCCGGAGAGGCUUAAGCCUCCUUACCGUUACACCUACCCGGCUCCCGCCUAUGGCCUUGGCGCAAUAGCCCUGCGGGUGCUGACCCCGUAUGACUCGAUGAUAGAAAACUACGAAGGAGGACCUCCGAUCGAUGCCAGAAGCUACGGUCAAUGGAUCGCACAAGUUGUCUUGCCUUCUUUGAGUCAAGCCCCCAAGGCCACUCAAACACUGGUUAAGGGCCUGCUCCAUUCGAAGCCCCACGAACGGUGGACGGCCAAGGAGUGCUACAAGUUCUUAACUCAGGAGUCGUCGGGCCGUCCCUCACCCAGCAGCGAUGGUGACCGAGGCCAGAAGAGGAAGGGGGAGGGACUACUACCAAAGAUAAUCAAGGUGGCCCCGACCAUAAGAGACAGAACCAACAAAGUAGCUCAGGACACGGCUGUCUCGACCACGCCAAGGUCCGAGCCAGAGACCAUUCAAGGGACCGGGGCGAAAGGCUCCAAGAGACGUCAGGGCUCCCGGGUGGUACAACAGGUUUGCUUCGCCGAGGAGGAAAAGGCAAAAGAGAAGGGAGAGCCGGCUGCAGGCGAAACAAGACAGAGCAGAGCGAAAGAGGAGACGAAGGACGGCGACGAGCUCCCGGCCACACCCUGGGGUAACGUACGCCUGAAACCGAAUGAUGCCGGGGGGGUGGCCGAUGGAGCUCGGCCGGAGGAGUCAUUUUCAGGAGAUGUGGAGACUUGGGUAAAAGGACAGGCUGAGAAAAUUUCUAAGGAAGGUCACCCAGACGAUGAUGCUGUCGCGACCGGGGCACAGCAAGCAGCACUAGUGCAAGAUUAG